AUGGAUUGUCCGUCGCAUCAUCCUCCGCCUCCGCCUGAUGAGGUAAAGCAUAAUCCUCGUAUGGAUGCCAACAAUUCGGUUCAAGGUGUUGUAGAGAGCAUGGACAUUAGUGAUAACCAUAACGAAUCCACUUCCCAGGAGAAGGACAAGGCAUGGGAAGAUCAUGGUUGCGUUUUGUGGGAUCUUGCUGCCAGUUCAACCCAUGCUGAGCUUAUGGUACAGAACCUAAUUUUACAAGUGCUUCACGCAAACCUUCUGGUCACAACAUCUUCCCGCAUUCGAGAAAUAUGUCUCGGGAUUAUUGGGAACCUUGCUUGCCAUGAAGGUCUGCUGAAACACAUUGAGUCUACAUCCGGACUCGUCAAUAUACUUGUGGGGCAGUUUAUAGAGUAUAACAUUAAAUCUGAAUAUUCAAGUCCAUUAAACUUCCAUUUUAGUUUGAUAUUUUUGAUGGAUUAAUAGAAGGGUGACUGAAAGUUUAACAGAACAUUGAUGAUUUAAGACUGCUUUUUUUUUUGUCUGUGCAAGUCUCUUUUUAAGCAUGACACAGCCUACAGAAUCAAACUAAAAUCUCCUCAAUUUCAAUCAUCCUAUGUGGAACCAACAUGAAAUAGAUAUUGACCUUGAGAGAUGAAGAAGCAGGAGGAAGAGAGAACAGUCUUAACCGAGAACCGAUUAAUCCAGGUGGGUGGUGAUAGCUUUGGAGGGAUCUCCUGUUCAUAUACUGUAUAUGUAUUAUUUUUUGUUCGUGAUAACCGGACAAUCAAGGUAUAUACCGACCGGUAUGAUAUCCGGUUAUCUAUAUAUGGGCCAUCUUAAACAUCGCAUUCGCAACUAGUAAACUCUAAAUAUGGGCCGUCUUUAUUUAAC